UGGUGAAACAGUGGCUUUUGAACAAUCACUACUUUGCGGCAAAAAGUGUCUCAUGUGGCGUACGUGCGAGGCAGAGGUUGGCUGCCCUGCGCUAGGCGUGUGCACCGUGUCCGUGUCCGAGGUGGCCCCAAACUCGGAAGGGAGCGAGUGCGUCGCCAGAAGGGCCCGAAUGAAGAGGAGCAGGCGGUGAAGGAGCGGAGGCGGCUCAAAACACCUGACCCACGAUGUUUCGCGAGCAAGUGAACCGGCUUUCGCUGUGGUUCGAGCAGUGGAAUGAGUGCGAGCAGACCGUGGCGCUUUACUCGCUGCUCAAACGACUGGCUCCGCACCAGGCGCGCUUCUGCUCGCUGGUGCUCGACCAGUGCCUCCAGGACAACCACGACCUCCUCCAGCAGGAGCAGAGGGCCAACAACCCAGCUUUUGUGUCAGGUCUGCUGGGCGAGGGCGGACGAGAGGGGGCGCUGCCGGUGGCGCCGCUGCUGAAUCACCUGCUGCUGCUGCGUCCAGGCAAUGCCGAGGCCAAGGCGUGCUACCUGGCGCUGAUCCCGCGCGUGCUUGGCGCCGCCGUCAACUCGGGCUGCAACAUCGAAGCGGCUCGCCAGCUGCUUUCGUACAGCCUGAUCCAUCCGGCCAUUGGCUCGGAUGACCGCAAGCUGCUGACUCAGUGGCUCAGCCACCUUGAGGAACGCAUCAAGAAUCCACCGACGCCGGCCAACGCUGCUCACCACCAUGAGCACACCUGGGACGGAUACGGCGGUGGACCAAACUCAAAUGGCCACUCAAAUAAUGGGACUGAAUGCCAACCGCGCGUGCGCAGAAGCAACAGUCUGACACCGCCGGUCAGCAUCCCGCACGUGGACCUGAGCAGUUCGCAGGACGACUUGUGCGCUCGCCCAAAGCCGCGCAGCUUUUCUUUGUCUUCGGAGCACGCGCCACUCAGCCCGCAAAGUUCGUUGGCCUCCUCAGGCAGCGGCUCCGAGUCCCAUUUGGACGAACUGCGUUCAGGAUCUCAGGCGUCCACGCACAUGGAGCACCCGGGCAUGAAAGAGGUGCCUUCGUGGCUGAAAAGUCUGCGUCUGCACAAGUACGCGUGGCUUUUUGCUUCACUGACCUAUGAGGACAUGCUGACCCUGACUGAAGAUGUGCUUGAGACGCGCGGCGUCACCAAGGGGGCGCGCCACAAGAUUGUGCUGAGCAUCAAGAAGCUGAAAGAGCGGCCAGCAACGCUGGUGCAGCUAGAGCAGGAGGUGCAAAAAGGAGGCGGACUGAGGGCUGCGCUCGAUGAGCUCAAGUCCAUUCUGACCACGCCGAUGAAGCCUCCAGAGAUGGACACCCCGGAGCACGAGGACGUACCCAAACUUUUCACCAGAGUGCUUGGAAAAAUUGCAACGGCCCUUUUGAUGGGUAACAAGCAACCUGAGGAGGAGGUUUUGGGCGCUUUUCACUCAGUGCUGGAGCGCUGUGUAACGCACGAGGCGUUUGACGCUGCAUCCCGGUCACGUAUUUCGGCCUGGCGUCAGCAGCUGGUGCAGCUCUUCCCACAUGAGCGUCCAGUCCCCCAGAGAAAAUGGAGCCAUCCAUUCGGAGAAGGAGCAGCAAGAGGGCGUCCCCUGCAGGCUCCCGCGAGUCGUUUUGGGGGAAACACUACACGUCAUGCAUCACCUCCUGUGCUGGCAAGUUCUUUUCCAGCAGGAGGGACCGAGUCUCUGCUGAGUUCAAUGCAUCGCCUCUCGGACAACUCGUUCUUUGCCAAGCGACCUAGCCUUCAGGACUCACUGACAGAGCCUUUGCAGGCACUUUGGAUGCAGCAGCGGACCAAGAGCGCGCCGUCGAAGGCUGCUGCUGGCUCUCAGUUGUGCGGACUGGUGGCCACCUACGGCAAGUUGAGUGCGGCCGAGGCUGAGCCAGACAUUAAUUUGCGGCUCGAGUCGUUGUGCCGCAGCAUGACUGAGCAUGCCCUUGGGGGCACUGGCUUGGGUGAGAUUUGACCCUUGACCCCGCGCGCCACACCACCUUGUGAUGACGUUACAAGACUGACCACCUGCUUCUCCGGCCCAGGGUGUUUGUUGCCGCCACUCGUCCCCUGAGUUGCGGCCCCGCGAGGGAGCUGCCAGGGAGCCCCCGGGGUCCCUUUUCAAAGCAAAGGAACCCUGCGGGUUUUGCUGAAUCCUCGCGCUGCGCCCCAAGUACAAACAGACAGAUUCGUUUUUGUUGCACAGCCUGGCUGUGCUGCUGGCUUGCUUUCUAGUUGAGGGGAAUCCAUUUACAUUGAGCUGAUUUAUUCUGCAUAGACUUUCUAUUACAUCUCGCUUCACGGAGGUCAGGGAGCGAAAAGAAUAUUAUUGAGAACUGGGCAUGGAAUGAAAUUGAUGACUUGAGCGGGCUCUUUAUCCGGUCGCGCUGAAUUUAAAUUGGGAAAAGAAAACAAAUGAAUUAACAAAUCGACUGAGAAACCAGAAACCUAGAUGUGAAAAUCCAGUCCCAAAGAGAAGAAAAAAGACUCGCGUGUCAUAAAAAUAUUCGCAUUAUAUAUUAGAGCAUAAUUAUCUCUACACUCGAUUAUAUUGAAUUGAUUAUCGCGUUAUUUAGGCGUGUGUUAAAGUAAGGUAAGGAAGAACGUGGGGAGACGAUUAACAACUUGUAUUGAUGGUGGUUUGUUUGUUUGUUGUUUCUGGUUGUUGUACCAAAUCGUGUUUUGUUGGAGCGGCCCCUGGACGCGGCCUCCGCCCGUUCCUUUCACGGGCCUGCGCAACGACUGCGUGCGCAUGCGCAGCUGUCAGCGCGCUCGCGAAACGAAAUAAUAUUUGAAAUAUUAUUGAUUCGAUAAUUAUAAAAUAUAUUCACUUUGUCUCUCACAACACCGUGGGAAUCGCUCGCGAACGAUCAUUUUUGACAGCCAAUCGGAGAAUUUGACUGAGGCAGACCACUGUUUCCUGCCGUCAUUAUAGACUAGGGUUUAAGCACUGAUAGAGCAUAGGACUGGGGACCCGAGCGUCGAACCCUCGCCGCGCCUCCUUGCAAGCAGACUUGGCUUUUCCUCGUGUUUUCGCCCGCGAGCCCGAUCGCUUUGGCCCCGACCCCGAAUUCGCAUGCUUUUCAUACAAAACUUGCAUUUUUUUUUUUCAAAAAUUUUUUCUCAUCAUUGUUCAACGUACGCAGUGCAUUUUGGGCGUUGUGCGCAUGUGCAGCAUUUGGUCGCUGCGCACGCGCCUUUUCAUCCUGCGCUGAAACUUCUUUCGCGACUGAUUGAUCGGUCCGUGUAAGAAAACAAUUUUUACCGGGCUCGGGGCCUCUCUUUUGAGACUGUGCAUUUGCAAUUGCCGGCCAUCCACGCUUUCGGUCGGGGGGAGGAGGCGCGUGCGAAUUUCUGUUCGACGGGUCCACUGCUGGGUAUGGUUAAAAACUGAAGUGUUGUGCAGUGGUGUGCGUAGCUAGUGUUUUGAAACAAGAAAAGAAUUGUUAUAACCCGACUAGCAGUUAAUCGAGUUCAUUUUUAAAAUAUAAAUUGAUCUUUAUUUUACAUUAAGUUUCUUGUCCCGAGAGAAAAAUCGCGCCUUUAUUGAUUAUUUUUUGUUACUCGCCGUUCAAUCGUUUGUUUGAAAAAAUAAAAUUACAUCUCAAUUCAUUGAUGAAACACGCGGGUAUUUCGCUAUUAGACCAUCAUGUCUGUUCAGAACAAUUACGUGAAUUUUGUAAUCUGGAUUACGACUACUAUUUUGGUUGAUGAUCGCAGCUUUAAUUGAUUCUUUUUUUACACCGUGCUUAUGAGAGCGGAGGACUACAAGAUUUUAGCAAGGCAGGCCCUUUUUUUAAUCUAUUAUUAUUUUUGCAAAAUGAUUUUAUCAUGAUUUGGCGGGUGACUCGGGGAGGUUAAUAAGACUGGUGGCCUCACAGAUGCUGGGCAACACGUUUCGGCCGCCGGCCGCUCCUCCUCAAGCCGCUCUACCCAGAGAAACCAAAUUUUGUACCGACAAGAUUUAUAUUGUAAAGAUGAAUAAAUUCUUGUAUUCUUUCUCUAUUAAAUUAC